AUGCCGAUCCCCCCCCCUAACGAGGUUAUCCCAUUAGAGCUCAGACAUAAGCGACUUGUUGUACGUUCGGACCUUCGCAGCGAGCGUAUGACCGAUGCCGACGCGCGCGAAGCCCUAUCUGAAUAUGUCGUCUAUCGAUUCGAAAAGGUUAACGACGCAAAUGAGAUUGACGAUGAAGGCUACCCCGUUAAACCGACCUGGGAGAACGUGACGCGGACAGAGGUUCGAGACCUCUCCAAGCCAACCAUCACUCGGAACAUCCGCCAGCUCAACGACGAGGGCAAAUCCGUCAUGCAGAAAAAGCUGGACCUUACAGCGAUACAGCAACGUCAGAUCGAGAAAGCCCAAAACGAGUUGGAAACACACAAUCUUGACAAAAGGUUCCGCUAUACUCUGCAGCAGAUUGAUUCCAAGACCAGAAAGCUCAGCCAGGACUCUGUUGAAUACCGUCAGUACAUGGCGGGGCAGCCUCGCGACGGAGAGGAUGCCACAGCUAUUCUGAAAGAACGCAAAAGAGACGCCGAACAUAAACGGAAACUAGAAGAUCAGCAGCGACAAAAUGAGCAGGCUCAGCAGUUGUUGGCAGAGCAACAUCGCUAUAACACGAUGCGACAGCAACACGCAGAUCUGGAACGGCGCAUGAUGCAGCCGCCGAUGCCACGUCCUCCGCCGUAUCAACAGCAAAAUCGUCACCAACUCCCUCCUGCAUCCAAUCCAAAACAGCCGGCUGGCGGCAAAGGGCCCAAGAUCCACGUUAUUGAGAACGAUCCGAGGAGGGGGAAUAAACCCAAAGUGUACACUGUCUCCUCACAAGAUUCGAGGAGUUCUCGGAGUUCAUACACGGAUGACAGCUUCAGCGAUUCGGAGCUGACGCCAGAGUCGUCUGUAACUGGGUCCUCAGAUUCCGGUAGACACGGCCGCCGUCGCCGUCGCAGUCGCGGCCGCAGCCGUGGCAGAAACCGUAGCCGCAGCCACAGCCACGACCGUCGUCGCUAUCACGACCGCCCCGAGGAUUACGGUGUCCCAUCUCGUCAUCACACCAAAGACAACGAGCAUUACAUUCUCGACAGCGACACGCCGCGGGGAGGUUUGAUGCCGGUCCCGCCACCACUGGCGCCUUCACCAAUGCCUGGCGCUGUCAACCGUCUUGAGUACGAAACCCUUCAGCCCCGGCGGAUAGCGGAAAGAGCGCACGGUCAUGAGCUGGACGAUCUCGAGCUGUUCAAUGAUCUCGGUCUUCGUCGCCAGAGCACGUUGCCGCCUCGGAUUCUGUCGUUCUUCACUGGAUAA